AUGCAUGGUUUACAUCCAGAAGACCAUAUUUUCCCUAGCGCCACCAAAUCAUGCGGGAUUCUAUCGUCGCUACCCGUUGAUCUUUUUGUGCGGAGUUCUAUUAUUGAUAUGUAUGCUAAAUGUGGAGAUAUUGGUUUUGCGCAUAACCUGUUUGAUGAAAUGCCGCACAGAAAUGUUGUUUCUUGGAGUGGGUUGACUUAUGGGUAUGUUCAAUUGCGUGAGGAUGAUGAAGCUUUGAGGCUUUUUAGACGGUUUCUUGUUAAAGAAGAUGAUGGUGUUAAUGAUUUUACGUUGUCGAGUGUUUUACGGAUUUGUGGUGGUUCUACUUUGCUUCAGAUGGGGAAGCUGGGGGCUUUGUUAACUGGAUGUAGAUUACAUGGGAUUCCUGAAUUGGCAUCUUAUGUUGCGGAUAGAGUUUCUCAGAUGGGUUCUGUGAGUUCUGGACUUCUUGUUAUGCUCUCGAAUGCUUAUGCUGCUGCUGGGAGAUGGGAGGAAGCGGCGAAAGCGAGGAAGACAAUGAGAGACUAUGGAAUAAAGAAGGAAACUGGGUUGAGUUGGGUGGAAGAAGGGAAUAGAGUUCACACAUUUGCUGUCGGGGAUAUGCCUCAUGCGAAGACAGUUGAAAUUUACAAGAAGUUGGAGAAGUUGGGAGAAGAAAUGGAUAAAGCUGGUUAUGUUGCUGAUACUUCUUUUGUGUUAAAAGAAGUGGGUGGUGAGGAGAAGAAUAAAACUAUUAGGUAUCAUAGUGAGAGAUUAGCUAUUGCAUUUAGACUUAUCACUUUCCCUAAGGGACAACCAAUUAGAGUGAUGAAGAAUUUGAGAGUUUGUGGUGAUUGUCACACUGCAAUCAAGUUUAUUAGUAAAUGCACUGGAAGGGUAAUCAUUGUGAGAGACAAUAAUCGGUUUCAUCGAUUUGAGGAUGGAAAAUGUACUUGUGGAGAUUAUUGGUAG